AUGUACGUUAAGACAGCUUCGGUCAUUGCGGUCAUCCUCGUCGCAAGCGAGGUAUCUGCUUUACCCAAGGUACCUGAGUGGUGGAAGCCAAAAUCGUGGAAACCUCCGUCCCAGCACCGUUUCCAGAAUGCCGAGCUCGGACCUCGUCCGCAAUACCUUGUGGCCGAUAUGGACGAAGGAUGGCUGAAGAACCGGUUAUCCGCAUGUUCUGACGUGGAAGCUCGGCCAUCUAGGUUUAGUAUCGGCCACCGUGGCGGUGCCUGUCUUCAAUUUCCCGAAGAGACUCGGGAGUCCAUCGAGGCUGGCACGCGCAUGGGUGCUGGAAUUCUUGAAUGCGAUGUGGCCUUUACUAACGACCGCGAGCUCGUGUGUCGACACGACCAAUGCGAUCUCCACACGACGACCAAUAUCGUCGCGACGGAACUGGGCGCUAAGUGCACGACGCCCUUUACGCCAGCAAGAGACGGCAUGUCGGCAACUGCUAAGUGCUGUACGAGCGACAUCACGUUGGCUGAGUUCAAAUCCCUUUAUUUUCUUCAUGGGACUCCCUCGUGGCGGACUGAUCUCUACGCUACUUGCGGCACGGUUCUCUCGCACAAAGAGUUUUUGCAGCUUGUCGAUUCGCACGGCCGGGAUUUUACGACCGAGCUUAAGCAGCCGCGUGUGCCGAUGCCUUUCGACGGUGAUUACACACAAGAGAAGUACGCGCAACAGGUAAUCGAAGAGUACCGAGCUGCGAGAAUCGAUCCAUCACGCGUCUGGCUACAGAGCUUCUCGUUCGCUGACGUGGCCUACUGGCUGCGCGCCGAUCCUGCAUUUGGCAGGCAAGCAGUGCUACUAGACGAGAGUGGCGAUCUUCCAGGGUCUUUCCCGGACGCCGUAGCCAAUUUGUCGUUUUAUAAGGAUGCUGGCGUACAGAUUGUGGCACCUCCGCUUUCGUACCUCGUCGCUCUCGGAAAGGACGGCGAGUACGUGCCGUCUACGUAUGCGACAACGGCGCGGAAGCUGGGGUUAAAGAUCCUGACGUGGUCUCUCGAGCGCUCAGGACCACUCGCUCAAGCAGCAACCGCCGGCGACUAUUACUAUUUGACUAUCGCUAACGGUACGCACAAGGACGGGGAUAUGUAUAGGCUUGUUGACGUUUUGGCGCGGCAAGUCGGUGUCGAAGGUAUCUUCUCGGACUGGUCCGCUACUGUCACCUAUUAUGCCAACUGCUUUGGGUUUUUCUGA